UUUUACAUGUGUGGUGACAAAGACAACAUAUACAGACAGCCUCACAGACAACACACACGGCACCAGUCCAGGGGAGUGUUGAUCAGGUGUUUCACGUCAACAUGAUAUCAUUCUGGCACAUGCUGUUGCUUCCCCUUCUCUUCGGGCUUAGUGAGCAAGAUGUAGUGUCGAAUACAGGGUGUCCCAGGUCAGGUCGCCUCGAUCUUCAUACCAUACCAGAAAAUUUACCAACAGGAACGGAGCUGAUCAUCUUCACAAGCAUACGUAAUAUAGCACUUUCUGGGCCAGAAUCAUCACAUUUUAAUGUCAUUGCUAAGGGAGUUAACGAGUACGGAGUCACCGUCCUGAGACCAUACGACUUCGAGAAUCAGUCGUCGUCGUCGUCCUUCAAAGAUGUUUCUUUUGCAUGUACUCAAGUGAAUGGAUCAGUCGUACAGGGUAAUAUUCAGUUUGUAGUGACAAAUGUGAUAGAAAGUUCACCAGACUUUGGAAGGAGUGAUCAUUCACAUUUCGUUAUACCGGAGAACUCUCCAAUCAACACCACAGUCGGCACACUCCAUGUUACCGUGGCAGACAAAUAUGUAUCUACUUUUGUCAACUUUGGACUGAUUAACACAGGGACGCCAUUCAAAGUUGGCUGGCCUCCAAACAAUCAGCCUGACAGAUACCUGACAGCGGUGAUAUCGGUACAGGAUCCAGCACUACUAAACUACGAAAAGACUACCUAUUAUACACUGACAGUGACAGCCACGGUGUCAGACACGAACAUUACCUCUACUGCCACAGUAUAUAUCAAUGUCACCGACGUGGAUGACAUACCCCCCAAGUUUGAUCAAAAUGGAUAUAACGUAACUGUUGCUGAAGCGAUGUACUCUUCAAAAGAAAUUAUCAAGUUAGUGGCCAGAGAUAAAGAUGCCGGACAGAAGCACACCAUUCUCUACUCCUUGGUCAGAGUGUUCCCACAGACAACUUUGUUCCGGAUAGUCAAUACAACAGGACAGGUGCUCGUAAACGGAACAAUGGACAGAGAGAAAUGUGACAACUACCUCCUUCUGAUCAAGGCAUUCCAGAUAGACAAGCCGGACCUGAGGAUGGACAUGACCACUCUGAAAGUGACCGUAUUGGAUAAAGACGAUAAUCCUCCUGUGAUGGCGCAGACCCAGUACACCACCCGUAUCCCCGAGAACACACCCACCGGCACGAAUGUUCUCACUGUAAUAGCGACCGACGCUGACCAGGGUGCGAAUGCUGAAUUUCAUUACAAAAUAAAGCAGCAGGGCAAUCUUGGCGCGUUCAGCAUUAAUCAGUCAUCCGGCCUGAUCAGUGUUAACAACGGCAGCUUUCUAGACCGGGAGACGACCCCAACUUGGACGUUCACGGUAUUUGCGGAGUCUACGCAGAACAGUAGUAUGAGAAGUAAGGAGGCGAACAUUACUGUCAUCCUGUUGGACGAGAACGACAACAACCCAGUGUUUAACGCUUCUAACCACACAUUUCUUGUCAACAAAACCCUUUCGAUACUGGGCCACAUCGGAACGGUAAGGGCAAGUGACAGUGAUGAGUCUAACAACGGUCAGAUUGUGUAUCGACUUGAAGGUGAUGAGUCGAGGCGAUUCAACGUCAGUACAGAGGGCGGUUUUGGCAAUAUACAGGCUGUGGCGGCGCUUAGUUCCGCAUACAAACCCUGGUACAGGUUCACUGUCGUUGCCAGUGACAUGGCCUCUAUUGGGUACAGGAGGCAGACGUCUGCUCAAGUCGACGUACGUGUAAUUGAUGAAAACGUCAAUACACCUGCUUUCGUGAACAUGACUACUAAUAUAUCUGUUCCGGAGGAUAUUGAUAUAGGGAGAGAUGUCCUACUAUUACAGGCAUAUGACGAGGAUACAAGCGAUGAUUUGACCUUCAUGUUCGGAAACGUAUCUGACUUCAAACUCCACAGGGUGGAUAACAGGAGGGCCAUGAUUGUAAUAAACAAGGCCUUGGACAGAGAAUCUAGACCAGGUCACAUUCUGACGGUUAAAGUCACGGAUUCCGUACACACAUCCACAGUUACCCUGUCUAUCAAUAUAGAGGACGUCAACGACAAUGCGCCCGUAUUUCAGCCUUCUUCUUAUAACUUUACCGUUGACGAGGAAGUCUCCCCAACAUUCAUUGGUAGUGUUACAGCCACUGACAAAGAUCUAUUUGAAAAUGGCAUGCUACAUUAUUCAGUAUUGCCACCGUGGGGACGUAACUUCUCUAUAACGGAAUCAGGACAAUUUAAUGUCACAUCAUCAUUGGACUGGGAAACGUUAUCUGCAACGUCCGGUCAAAUAACACUCCUGGUAAUGGCGACAGACGGGGGAACGCCUCCUCUCAUGGCUACAGCCGUAGUUACUGUACAAGUGAAAGAUGUAAACGACCACGCCCCUAGUUUCAUGGACAACGAAACGAAUAUAACCAUGAACGAGGGACAGAAAGUUUACUUUCCAAUUAAGGCAUACGACGAAGAUGAAGGGGCAAAUGGUCGCAUUUAUUACAGUAUCGAGGAAACUAACGCUACCUCAGUAGACGUUACAAAAGGAACACUAAUGUCCACAGCUGCGCUAACAUACGGGGUGUAUCAGGUGGAGGUAAUAGCUUACAACACUGUGCCUUACAGUACACGAGGACUAUCCAACGGUACCCUGAUAGUGUACAUACAUGUGAAGGACAUCAAUGAUCACAGUCCACAGUUCACGAAUACAACCUACACGUUUUCUCUCCGUGAGGACUUUGAAGUUGGACAUUUGGUGACUCAGAGUAAUAUACACGCAGAGGACAAAGACGAGACCCGUGAGUAUAAUACGGUCACCUACUCUGUGGUCAGUGGUAACGGCUAUUUUGAGGUCGAUCCACUUAAUGCUGCACUGCGACUCAUUAAACCACUCGACUACGAGGAUAAACAUCAGAUCACCUUCCAGGUGAACGCAAGUGACGGAGAUAUGAAUCACAGAGUCAAGGUCAACGUCAGUGUUACAGUCCUAGAUGUCAACGACAACGCCCCUGUGUUCUCGUCAGCGCUAUACAACUGUACAGUCGUGGAGAAUGCUACUUUGCCGAUCAAUUGUUCUGAGCUUAUUGAAGCAAGUGAUAACGACACUGGUAAUAACGGACACAUACUCUAUCAAAUACAGAGACACACAGAGGAUAUUUUCAAAAUCAAUAACACGACCGGACUUAUCCGACCCCCUUCUUCCUUGGAUUAUGACACAGGGGCACGAACUUACAUACUAACGAUACUAGCUAUGGAUAAUGGCAAUCCUAAAAAGACAGGCUCGGCUGUGGUAGAGGUAACUGUGAAGGACAGGAACGACAAUCCACCUGUAAUACAUGGUCCGAGUCAGUUCACUAUUCCAGAGAAUUUACCCGUCAACACGUCAAUCGGGACUGUAUUCGCCACUGACGCGGAUAUCAACGAUGUAUUAAGAUUUUUAUUGACUAGUAAUACAGAUUUUCAUAUUCAAAAAGACACCGGGAUAUUAUUCCUUACACGGAUGUUUGAUUACGAAAAGGAAAUCGACCGGCAUACUCAGGUGAAUGUCAGUGUAAGUGAUGGCACACAUACUGUUGUGUUUCCUAUUUCUGUGGACGUUACUAACGUCAAUGACGAGAUACCUGUCUUCGUUAACUCCUCGUUAACACCAAAGAUAUCAGAGGACAUGGAUGACCAGUCAUUCUAUAUCCAGGCAACGGAUGGCGAUAUCGGCUCUUUGUUGUCCUACAAUAUAUCCACUUAUCCAAACAUCCGGAUAUCAAGAAUGAGUGGAUUGGUUACAAUUGAAGGACCUGUCAAUUCACGGGACAACGAUACAAUCACAUUCACCGUCAGUGUGUCUGAUGGAAAACAUAUGGAAACUGCUACUGUGACGGUCCAGGUGAUUGAUGUUAAUGACCACGCUCCUAGGUUUGAAAAUUCCACUUAUACGUUUGAAGUCAAAGAAGAAGUGGACGAUGCUUUCGUUGGCCGUGUAACAGCCAUUGACAAAGAUCCCCGUGAUCUGGAUAAGCUGCGGUAUUCAAUUUUGCCACCAUGGGAACGUAACUUCAAUAUAAGUAAAAGUGGAGAGAUCCGAGUCACAUCAGCAUUGGACAGGGAGAACCUUACCGAAACCUCCGGCAAAAUUAUAUUUCUGAUAAAGGCGGAAGAUUCGGGAAUACCACCUCUAAUGUCUAUAGCCACACUCACUUUACACGUGCAAGACGUUAACGACCACGCCCCUUAUUACACGAAUACUGUGAAGAACAUAGGCAUGGACGAAAGACAGAAUGUGUCCUUUCCUGUAGAGGCGUGUGACGAAGAUGACGGGAGAUACGGUCACAUAUAUUACAGUAUUACAGACACUAACGUUUCAUCACUGGAGAUAACAACAGAUGGAAAAUUGAUAUCCACAGAUACACUUACAUACGGCCUGUAUAUGGUGGAGAUUAUUGCGUAUAACGUUGAGCCUUAUACGGUACACGGACUAACUAACGGUUCCGUCACGGUGUAUAUAAAUGUUAAGGACAUCAACAACCACGGACCCAUGUUUAACAAGACUCUCUACGAAUUUUCUCUACCAGAAGACUUUACAGUGGGACAUUUAGUGAAUGAAAGUAAUAUACAAGCAGAGGACAAAGACGAAACGCGUGAGUAUAACACGGUCACCUACUCUGUGGUCAAAGAUGAAGGCUAUUUUGAGAUCGAUCCAUUUAAUGCUGCACUGCGACUCAUUAAACCACUCGAUUACGAGGAUAAACAUCAGAUCACCUUCCAGGUGAUAGCAAGUGACGGAGAUAUGAAUCACAGAGUCAAGGUCAACGUCAGUGUUACAGUAUUAGAUGUCAACGACAACGCCCCCGUGUUCUCUUCAGAGCUAUACAACUGUACAGUCGACGAGAAUGUUACCUCGUCGAUCAACUGUCCUGUACUCGUUAAUGCAAGCGAUGUCGACGCGGGAGAUAACGGACGCAUACUCUAUACAAUAGAGGGAUACACAAAGGAUACUUUCACGAUCAAUAAAACUACGGGAGAUAUACACCCCAGCCUGCCAUUGGACUAUGACUCCGGUGUAAGAACUUACAUACUGACGAUCCUUGCCACCGACAAUGGCAGUCCUAAAAUGACGGGCUCAUCUAUGGUAAAGUUGACUGUGAAGGACAAGAACGACAACUCCCCUGUAAUUCAUGGGCCGAGUCAGGUCAACAUUCCGGAAAAUUUACCCCUCAAAACAUCAGUUGCUACCAUGUUCGCCACGGAUGCGGAUAUGAAAGACGUGCUGUCAUUUGCUCUGUCUGAAACAGAUACCCAUGAUCUAUUUUCCGUAAAGAGUGACAAUGGACUUGGAUACGUGAUCCUCAAUAAACAGCUUGAUCGUGAAGUCAAUGCAUCGUAUAGCCUGGAAAUUAGCGUUACAGAUACCGCCAAUCACACUACCUCGACAGUCCUGAAUAUUACCGUGCUGGAUGUUAACGACAACAAACCCGAAUUUCUAGAAGAGAUGUAUAACGAAACAGUGGAUGAAGGUCCGAAAAGUGAACACUUAACUGUCGAUACCGAGGCUACUGACCGCGACGAGGGGCCUAAUGCUGAGCUGGUGUACAGCAUCAUAUCCCAGGACUUCGGGCACCACUUCGCUAUAAAUAGCACCACGGGUGUUAUAAAUGUUCUGACAUCACUUAACCGAGAAGAUACGUCAAUGUACACACUGGUGAUUCAGGCGGCCGACAAUGGUGACACUAGUCUGUCAGGAACUGCAACCGUUUUUAUCAACGUUGAUGACAUCAAUGAUUGCGCCCCCGUGUUCCUCCAAACUACAUACAGUGCAACUGUGAUGGAAGGGUCGCCUUCGGGCACCUCUGUUAUACACUUAACAGCUACGGACAAGGACGCACUUCCAACCAACAGGAAUGUUUCUUACUCCAUAAUGGAUUACUCAGACCUAUUCGGAGUCGAUGAGGACGGAGUGCUGGCCUUGAAACAGAGGGUUGUUGUCGGGACGCAUCCCACACCGUAUGUUGUACAAGUUGAGGCGACCGACGGGAAAUACCUUACAACGGUUAAUGUCACUGUUGCCGUUAUUGAUGUGAAUGACCAUGACCCUGUCUUCAACGAAACAUUGUACUCGUUUUCUGUUCCCGAAAAUGACGAAUUCGCCGAGGCUCCUAGUGCUUUAGUAGGAGUAGUGUCGGCUACCGAUAACGACCCAGGGACCCAGAUCACCUACCGUAUCAUGUCAACAGACGUACCGGUAUUCAUCAUCUCACCGAUGAAUGGGUCUAUAACUACCAAUGGUACGCUCGACAGGGACCAGUGUGUCAAUAGCAGAUACACAUUUACGGUAAUCGCCACAGACAACGGCAACGCCACACGUACAGGAUUUGUGGAGGUUGCCGUAACGAUCAGUGACGUCAAUGACAACAGGCCAGUGUUUACAAGCCUUAAAUACGACGGCAAUGUCAUCGAGAAUUCGCCUGUCGGAACGGAAGUUAAUGUUCAUCCUGCAAUCCUUGCCAGUGAUAUUGAUGCUGGGGACAACGGGACAGAUGGCAUAGUGUUUUAUCUCUCAACUGAUUCUCCAUUCGAAAUUAGAAACAAAACUGGGAGAAUUUUUGUCAAGAAUGCCACUCUUGAUCGUGAAACAAAAGACACAUAUGACUUGACGGUGUGGGCAAUUGACCAGUUAGGUUCCGGAAAAAAUAAUUCCACGUCUCUCAUCAUAACAUUGGAUGAUGCUAACGACGAACCCCCCGUAUUCACACAUAACGUUUCCGUAUUCACGUGUAAUGAGAGUGUUCCAAAUUCCUACCUUGUCGGAACUAUUUAUAGUUCAGACGCAGAUAUCAAUGGCAACGAGACAACACGGUAUGAUAUCGACAGUGGAGGUGAAGGUCGCUUCUAUAUAGACCCCAUUCAAGGUGAUAUAAAAGUAACUGGAGGACUAGACCGUGAGCAGAAAGCCAACUACACCCUAAUAAUUCGAGCAUCAGAUGGCCGGAACUUUGCCCUAACGAUAGUCGAGAUCAUACUGGGGGACACAAACGACAAUGCCCCAGUAUUCCCGUCUAGCCCAGUUUUCAUAAACGUCACCGAAAGCAACACCAGCCUUCCAGGGAUAUACAAGUUUACAGCUCACGAUGCUGACUUGGGAGAAAACUCCCGUCUGUCUUAUUUCAUUAAUAAAAACGAUUCCGACUAUUCGAUAUUUGCGGUUUCGGAAGAUGGAAUUCUGAAUACCAGUAAACCACUGGAUAGAGAGACCAACGCUACAUAUACUUUCCGGGUAUAUGUCCGCGACCAUGGGACACCGUCUCUGUCUUCCAGCGUUAGGGUGAUAUGUCAUGUCCUGGACACUAACGACAAUUUCCCGAUAUUCUAUGAUUCCCAGGACAAACCAAUAACUGAGUAUAGAACAUCUAUACUGGAAAAAUCACCAGUUAACUCGCCUGUCUUUUUUCCUUAUGUCAAGGAUAAAGAUUUGGACAAGAAUAGCCUCGUACAUUUCCGACUUGUUGGAAUCGAAAGUGACCUGUUUCAGUGCAAUUAUAAUACCGGUGUUGUCACCAUUGCAAAGAGAAUCGAAAUAAACUCUUUGAUAGGGGGGGGGAAAGGAUACAAAAAUACAACAGACUAUAUAGACAUAGUGCUGGCGGUCGAAGCGGCCGACGAGGGAGAUCCAUCGAAAAGUACUAAUCUGACACUGCAUGUGACAGUUGAGCAAAUCAGUGACGAAAACCCUGUAUUUGACAAAGCUAUGUAUGACUUCAGUGUUCCCGAGUCUAUGGCUAAUGGGUCAUAUGUGGGAGUGGUGACUGCGAUGAUGCCAAACGUUACAAGUUACCACCUGACAUACUCUCUCGUCAUACCCACUCACAUACUGGUACUUGACAAGGCCUCGGGGAACAUUACACUAAAUAGCACACUAGAUCGGGAGGAGAGUGAAUCACACACCUUCGCUGUGCAAGUGACGGAUGGGAAAACUCCAGAGAGAACCGCUUUUACAAUGGUCAACAUUCACGUGACAGACGUUAAUGACAACGCGCCACAGUUUCAGUUUCUGCCAUACGUCUUUACUGUAACAGAAGGUAUCGACGUCAUACUAGAUAUAGAGGCUGUUUCAGCGAUAGACAAAGACGCUGGAUGCAAUGCUAUAAUACAUUACAGUCUACUUAACUAUACAGGUGAUAUAUUCGGUGUCAACGACACGACCGGUAAUCUUAUAAUUAACGGGACAUUGGACAGGGAAACAAACCAAAACUUCAACCUCAUAGUGCAGGCUGCGGACAGUGGAUUGCCGCCUCUGAACACUACAACCUUUGUCGAGGUAGAGAUUAACGACAUCAAUGACAAUUCGCCACAGUUCCAACGUACUAACUACACAUGCUCUGUGUUAGAGAACGCGGCCUUCCAGCAGGUCUGUAACGUAUCGGCGACGGAUGACGACUUAGGUGAUAACGGGACUGUUGUAUACAGUAUCCAAGAGGAAAACAUUCCGUUCUACAUUAACCCAACAGACGGGACCAUUUGGAAGUCCGGGAUGACUGAUUUUGAGACCAUGAGCACGUACCAUUUGACAGUGGUGGCACAUGAUCUGGGAUCCCCCAUGCGUAGCUCCAACGUAUCCUUGAUUGUAACUGUUGUUGACGUACCGGACACGGCCCCUCAUUUCAAGAGACGUCUGUACAACAUAUACACGUCACCUUUCACACCUGUACACUCCGUAAUACUGAACGAGACGGCAGGAGAUGCUGGCAUCACAUACACCAUUUCUGAUGGCCUAGAAACGUUCUGUAUUGACAACUCCAGUGGUGUUAUAUCCCUCUGUAAGGUGAUGGACUCUAAAAAGUCCACUUACGUUCUGGAAGUACUUGCGGAGGAUGACAACUUGACAGACACGGCUGUGGUUGUGAUUCACUUACGGAAUGAACCUGCAAGCUUCAUUAAAAGUCAUUUUACGACUGAUGUCCAGGAAAACCAACUGGGUGGCCUGUUGUUAGAUCUCAACACUACCGAGGAACUGGCGGGGUACCCCGUGCAUUACACUCUCAUAUCAGUUCAACCGGAAGAGACGAGUAAUACGUUUGCGGUGAACGAAACGACUGGUGAAAUAUACUGCCUCAGAAAACUUGACCGGGAGUUAGCAGAAACGUACACUCUUUAUGUGUCUGCCGAGGUCAUCCGUAGUAGCGGAAGGUCGAGGCGAUCUAUUGGUGAGUCUUUGGGACAAGUAACUGUAACAGUCAGGGUCGGGGACGUGAAUGAUAACCCUCCCCACUUUGCCGCCGAUACUAAACUCAUUUAUCGUGUACCAGUCAAUCUGCAACUGGCGGGAAAAGUUGCUGAGCUACAGGCAUUUGACCCCGACGAUACCAGCACCAUAACAUACAGUCUGGUAAACGGCACCGCACUUCCAUUCUUCCUCGAAAGCGGCAAUAACACCAGAAUACUGCUAAAGAGCUCGUUAAAAUUACGCUCAUACAAACUGACGGUGACUGCCACUGACGAAGGUGGUCUCUCGUCUUAUGUCAAUAUUACGAUUAUAACAAUACCGGACGCUGACAGACUAACAUAUGUGAUCCCGAUGGCGCCGCAAGAAUUUGAGAAACAGAAGCAAGCCUUAAUUGCGAACUUGAGUUCAAUACUGGGAGUAAACAUCACGGUGGAGGGAUAUAAAGCACACAUCUCUACGGAGGUAGAGCCAGACAAGACAGAUCUUCUACUCUACGCCAACAAUCGCACCACUGGUCGUCUUCUCUCUAACGAGGAGCUGAGUAGCAUCAUCAGUGCCAAGUUUGCUGACAUAUUUAGGCUGUUUAAAUGCACAGAUGUCACCUGUUACGUCCAAACUACGACCGUCAAACACUCGUCCAAUCUAAUGACGGCUCCCGAAAUCGCACUUCUCACAAUAGCCGUAUUAAUAUUCGUGGCAUGCUUGCUUGUGAUCAUCGCGGGUAAUCAUAUAUGGAAACAAUUCCACGAAGCAAGGGAGCAGGAGGUGAAAAUGUGGGAGUUGGAAAGCCUUCGGUCAGAUGUCGGAAGUCAACUCGCUGUUGCUGCCAUCAACCCAAAUAUGGAGACAUCAUUUUCAGCUUUAGAUGAUAGUGUCAACACACCUUCUGGACUGGCAGCGAACACAAAGAGGACUAUGCUUUACGAGUCUCAGGAAUUGAGGAUGGACUUUGAUAACGAAGCGUUUGUACACGAGCAUCCGGUGACGAAUGGUGCAGACAGUGGAGUAGAGAAUGAUUCCUCCAGCUCAAGUAACGUUGAUGACAACGAGUCCCCUGGCACCGAGGUAUAUCCCGAUACAGAUUUAACAGAAAAGAGGGUAGAGCCAGAGCAGUAUAAGCAGGUUGCGCCAGGGCCCAGUAGUAGUGGUACAGAACGUAAGUUAUUGUUUCCACCACAACCAAAAACUACUGUGGGUAAUCAGCAGAAAGUGACAUUACACAUUGACAUGGACACUGGGGAUACGGAUGACGGCGACCUCGACCUCGACAAGGACACUUCGUCAGUUAGCAGAGAGAAAAUCCGAUCUACGGACAUAUCCGGUGAAUCUUUGGUCGGUGCAGAAACAUCAGCUCAAUCGGUGUCACUAAAGAAUGACACACCACUGGACACUACAGAGACAGACAUCAACAGCGUUCUCUCAGAUACGUCACCUUCUGGGACUUUAAGUAGUGAUCCAAACAUUGAAGACCUAGAUUUGGAUACUGGGGAGGAAAUGGUGACAUCGUUUUGAUAUUACAUGUCACUGCCAAUGAUUUCACUCAAUCAGAGCAAACGUUUGUUCCACUUCUCUAUCGACACUUUUUGUUACUAAAUAAUGUGAUAUGCACUUUAAUAUGACAUUGGACUCUUCAAUGAAUAUUUGCAUGAAAGAAUUAAUGAAUGUGCCACAGCGUGUGUGUAGGUGUGUGUUUGGGUGUAGUGCGUGGUGUGGCGAGUUGAUUUAUGAGUUGUGAGUUAUGAGAAGUGAUUGUGGUGCUAGUUGUGCGACUAACAUCACUCAAAAAGAAAAAAUCGCCUUAAAUGUUGUUUAAUUAAAUCACUUAUAAUUUGGAAAUAACUACCGGUACUGGUACAUUUAAUUUAUUUACAUGGUUUAUUUUCAUGCAGAUUACACCGAAUUGCUUUAAUUUAAUUGUACAUCAUAUGGUUUUAUUAAAGUGAUACACCUUUUAAAUACUGGUACGUAUGAAGUUGCGCGUUGAGAUAUAACGUGUAAGUUAUAUGUAAUGUAUCGUUUCUAUACUUGAUUAAAUAUAAAUGUUAUACACUCUCGUUAAUUGUAGUCUAUCAUGAUUCAUUAAAAUGUAUUUUUAUAUUA